CUUUCUUUUUUUUUUUCCAAUGGCAAUUUCAUGCUAUUCCACGAGCCUGUGGACCUCACGGAGGUGUUGUUUACUCUUGGUUUGGUUUGGUGUUUGUAUGGGCAGUAUGACAGCCACGCUUCCACUCAUUUUCCAUCACUCUACACUUCACUUUUGCUGCCUCAUCUCCAUCCAUCUAACCCCUUCCCUUCUGCCUCUUCCAUAAUACACAGACCCAUAUCAGAAUUCAGAAGAAGCCAUCACACUCUGACCCGGGUCCAUGGCGGCCGUGCAGUGUCUGUACCCGGCCCCGAGCCCGACCGGGAACAAUGCUGGUGGCCUCCAUCGGACAAGACUAGCAUCUCCUUCGCCCUCAAGUCUUCCUCCUCCUCCUCCUCCUCCUCUUCACUUCACCAGCUCCUGCUCCGGGUGACCCGUACCAAUACCACCACCGCCACCACAAGCCCGAGGUUCUCCAUGCGUGUUGCCUCCAAGCAAGCCUACAUUGCCGGGAUUGCGGGUACAUCUACAACGAGCGAACUCCGUUCGAGAAGCUGCCCGAUAAUUACUUCUGUCCAGUGUGUGGUGCCCCGAAGCGAAGGUUCAAGCCGUAUCUGCCCGCCGUGACCAAGAACGCGAACGAUACCGACAUGCGCAAGGCAAGUAAGGGGUCAGAUCAAGAGGGACGAAGCUAUCAGAUAAUCCAAUGCUUACUCUGCUCACUCUUAUGUGCC